AUUAAUUGGAUUUAUGGAGAAUGCGAAACAGGAAAUCGCAAUCAGAGCAGCUUAAUCUGAAGAGGGGCGAGAAAAAAUGUCGAAUCCAGCGGAAGAAACCCAAGGAGAGCAGCCUAAGCCAUCUGAUCUGAACCCUAGCGACCAAAGCGAUCACUCCCAAGAAUGGGAAACCAUGGCGCGCGCUUGGCUUUGCUCCUUCCCCGAGGCCAGAGCUGGCUCCAUGGAAGAGGUUGAAGCUUGGAUUGACUCCAACCAUGCCUCUUUACCUGGAAACCUCAAAUCAAUGCCCCGCUCCGACCUUUGCCAGAGGCUGAUUUCCAUCCAAAAUUUAAUGCGACUUUCCAAUCAGGGAAAGGAAGAGAUUCAGGGUGACCAGGGUGAUCAGGGCGAUCUUCCACAUGCUCGAUUUCAACGCACCGACCAGUGGAUACCAGUUUAUUCUUGGCUAGAGUCUCUACAACAUGAAGAGGUUGUCAAGUCAAAGGACAUAUCUGAUUGGUUAACUGAAAAUCCCUCCAUCAGAGAUCAGUUGUGUUCAAGACAUUCUCGCUAUCAUUUAAUGCACUACAUCAAAAAGUGUCACUUGAAGAUACUGAAAAGAAAGGAAAAGAAAAAGGGUUCUCAGAUGCCUGACAAAUCUCCUCUAAAAGUUCACAAGGAUGUUCUGAUGAAACCAGCAUUGCCUCCGCGUGAUUCAUUUAGCGAUCUACCGAAAGACAGCGAUGUAUAUUUGGCAAAACGAAAGGAAGCCUUCCGAAAAUAUGAAAUUUUAGUGGAGUUGGAGAAGUUGCUUGCCCCCAACUUUUCCAAGUCUCAAGGAGUCAAAUAAUUGAGGAAACUUUGGAGACUACCUUCACUCUGGGAUAUGAGACAGUCUUUGCCAGGUUUUUACCUUAUUCACUGAUGAAUCUUGCCCCAUUGCCCUGCUUUCCCACUCUGUAUAGAGUAGUAGAUCUGACAAAACCAUUAGAAAUUUAAUUUACUGAAUAUUCCCAUACCUUAUAAUUUAAUUUACAUAUCUCUAAUCAUCAUCGUGGCAUCGCGACAAAGCAACUUGAAUAGAGUUAGUUAAGGUAUAUAUUUUCGACCAAAAGAUUAGAUGUUCGAAUCCUCA